AUGGCCUAUAAGCUACAGCAUCACUUGAAUGAUUUUGUCGAGUUUCAGAUUCUAGAAAAGAAUCCUGACCUUGGAGGAACUUGGUACGAGAACAAAUAUCCAGGUUGCGCAUGCGACGUUCCGAGCCACUGCUACCAAUACGCCUUUGCGCCAAACCCUUCGUGGUCGAAAUUAUACUCCUCAUCAGAAGAGAUUCACGACUAUCUCAAAAAAGUAGUCAAGCACUUUAACCUGGAACGAUACAUUCGCUACAACACCAAAGUCACCUCGGCCAAAUGGAUUGAAUCGACUGGCACUUGGUCUGUGGGCAUUAGUGACGGGACUACGAUUGAUUGCGAAAUACUAAUCAAUGCUGGGGGUAUCCUCCACCAUCCUCAAUUGCCUGACCUCAAAGGGCUCAAAAGCUUCGCGGGUAAGGUGGUACAUACGGCUGCAUGGGACUCUGAACUAGAUCUGCGUGGCAAAAAGGUGGCACUCAUCGGAUCAGGCUCCAGCGCAGUCCAGAUUCUACCGCAGCUUCAGCCUGUAUGCAGUUCGGUACGGGUAUAUAUUCGCACUCCUCCAUGGAUUGCGCCGCCAAUGGUUGAUACUGAGUCAGAAUCACCAAAUCGCGGCUACACGAACGACGAACAGGCAUAUUUCAGACAAGACCCGGCAAAGUAUGCCCAGAUGCGAAAGGAGAUCAACUCAAAUUUAAAUGGCAUGUUCAAAGCCCUGUUUAAGAAUUCUCCGGAACAGCAGAAUUUUCGACAAAUGCUGGAAACACGAAUGCGGUCUCUAAUAAGAGACGAAAGCCUGCAGGAUCACCUUGUUCCUAAGUUUGAAGUAGGCUGCCGCCGCGUGAAUCCCUGUGAACAGUUUCUUUACAGUAUUCAGGAGGAGAAUGUUACGGCCGUGUUUAACGCGAUUGAAGAAGUAAAGCCACAUGGAAUCGUGUCUGAAGGCGUCGAGCACCCAGUGGAUAUCAUUGUCGCAGCGACUGGAUUCAAUAAUAGUUUCAGGCCACAGUUCCCCUUAUUAGGCCGUGAUGGAGUCAACCUUCAAGACAUCUGGGCAGAUGAACCAACUUCAUAUUUCGGAACCGGUGUUUCUGGGUUUCCCAAUUAUCUCACGUUUCUUGGGCCAAACACACCUAUUUCCAACGGCGCUUUCAUGGGACCCUUGGAAGGGACGAGCGAUUAUUUCAUCAGGCUACUUCAGCGCGCUAUCAGAUACGGAGCAUCUUCAUUCGAUGUAAAACCCGAAGCGCAGGCCGACUUUGACAGUCGCGUCUAUAAGAAAACUAGGGAUGGUAAGAUUACAGCGCUAUGGCCAGGCAGCUCGUUGCAGUACAUGCAGGUCCUGGCUGAAGAUAGAUGGGAGGACUAUAACUGGGCGUACAGGGGACGAAGAUAUGAUUACUGGGGAAAUGGAUUUUCGUGGAUUGAGCAACCAAAGAGCGACAAGUUGGGAAUCCAAGAGCGUAAAUCGAAAAACGAGAUGGUGACAAUUCCCAACAUUGACGCCGAUUUAGGCUUCUAUAUCACACAGCAGGCACCCUUGCCGGAAGCAGACGCUGAGGACUAG